AUGCCUCCCCGCAAGCCACGGUGCAACUUUAAGGAGUGCAAGGAGGCGGCCCAGCGUAUCGUUGGCGAUUGCAGCUUCUGUCACGGUCACUUCUGCUCAAAGCAUCGCAUGCUCGAAGCACACUCCUGCUCCGGACUGGAAGACUGUAAGAAGGAAUCUCAUGCCCGGAACGCCGAUAAGCUGAAUAGCGAGCGGACAGUGGUUGUUAAGGGUGUAUGA